AUGCCUGAAGAGAAUGAGCAAGUUGAAGCAGCUCCUGCUGCAGUGCAAAAUUUACAUGUUUUUCUUAUGAAUAUACCAUUUCCUAAGCCCUUAGAUUUGAAAGGUGACCUCGCUACCAAUUGGAAACAUUUCAAAAGAGUGUGGGAAAACUAUGAGAUCGCUACGGGGUUAAGGGAGAGAGAUACCCAACUCAGAUGUGCAACAUUUCUCACUUGUCUAGGAUCUGAUGGUUUACACGUUGUAGAUGGACUAAAAUUUGAUACAGAUGACGAUAAGAAAGAUAUUGAUAAGGUUAUUACGGCACUUGACACUUACUGCGUAGGUCAAACAAACGUCAUAUAUGAGCGUUACACAUUUAACUGUAGAAAUCAGGAACAGUCUAAACAUAUAGAUGCUUAUGUUGCAGAAUUGCGUACACUAGCGAAAACAUGCAAAUUCGGAGACAUGGAGGAUGAGAUGAUAAGGGAUCGUAUCGUUAUCGGAGUUCGAGAUAACCAUACCCGUAAAAAGUUGUUACAGGAGAAGAAACUGGACCUUCAGCGUUGCAUAGAUAUAUGCCGGUCGAAUGAGAAAUCUGAAUCUCAACUCAAAUCUAUUGCAGAUGUUCACCAUGUCAAGGUCAAACAGAAAGUGAAACAAGAUAAUCAUGGUAAAAAUGAGAAACGUAGAGACAACCGCACACAAACCAUACCAACUGUUCAGUCUUGUCGUUACUGUGGGAGAACACAUCCGCGCAGUCGAGAGAAAUGCCCAGCGUUUGGACAGACUUGCAACUUAUGUGGCGAGCAGAACCAUUUUGAGAGGAGAUGUCCUAAAAAAGAGCCUCCUAGAGCAAAACAUCAUGAAAAACGUCGUGGUACAUGGAACCACAGAAAGUCCCAAGUUCAUGAGAUUGAGACUCGUGAAAGUGACUCAUCAGAUGAACUCGUUCUUAGUAUUGAACAAGUGCACUCGCUAUCAUCAAAACGUCAUACAGCUGUUAUGAAUAUCCAUGACAAAUAUGUGGAGUUUCAGUUGGACAAUGGGUCUACGGCUAAUAUCUUACCUGCUCAUGUGUACGUGCGUCUCAGAGGUGACAAAGAAUUCCAGAAUCUUAAGAAAACUGACGUUACCCUACAGAUGUACAACAAAUCAGAAACCAAGGCUUUGGGCACCAUUAAAAUGUCUGUUCGAAAUCCGUGCAAUAGAAAGAAGUAUAAUCUAGAAUUCGUUAUUGUGCCAGGCAAAGAGCUACAUUGUAUUUUGGGUAAGCGAGCUAUUGAAGGAAUGGAACUUAUUACUGUGCAUACUGACAAAUUCCUCACAAAGACACAAGUUCAGAAUGACGUCAUUUCACAGAUUGACAUUAAAGAAGAAAUAAAUGAGAAGUAUGCAAAUGUGUUCAAGGAUCUAGGUAAGCUGGAUGGCAAGCUUCAUUUGGAGGUCAAGGACAGUGUGCGACCUGUACAGUUACCGCCUAGGAAAAUACCGUUAGCCUUGAAACCAAAAGUGAAAGAAGAGCUAAACCGACUGGAGAAGUUAGGUGUCAUUAAACCAGUUAACACACCAACCGACUGGGUAUCUGCCUUAGUGGUGGCUCCUAAACGCAACGGUGACAUUCGCCUAUGUAUUGACCCGAAACCACUCAAUGAGGCAUUAAUGCGGAACCAUUACCCAACACCUACUAUAGAGGAUAUUCUACCCGAAUUGCAUCAAGCUCGUAUAUUCUCCAUUGUUGAUGCAAAGGAUGGUUUUUGGCACGUUGAGUUUGACAGUGAUAGCAGCUACCUAAUUACAUUUGCUACGCCAUGGGGCAAAUAUCGCUGGCUGAGGAUGCCAUUUGGUAUCUCUGUCGCACCUGAGGAGUUCCAAAGGAGAAUGGACGACGCCUUAAGUGGCAUUCCAGGUAUCAGACCUAUACACGAUGAUGUGUUAAUUUACGGAUGUGGUGAGACAGAUGAAGAAGCUGAAAGGGAUCAUGAUGUGAAAUUUCGAGCCCUAAUGCAUAGAUGUAUGGAGAGAAACAUAAAGCUUAACCAGAGUAAGAUGAAACUUAAGCUUACAUCUGUUACUUAUCUUGGAUAUGUGAUCAGCAAGGAUGGGUUGAGUGUUGACCCACAAAAACUCAAGGCGAUACAUGAAAUGCCUACCCCAGAAGACAAGGCAGGAGUUCAGAGAUUAUUGGGAGUGACAAAUUUUGUGCAACGUUUUGCACCGCAGUUGUCUGAGAUCACCAGUCCACUUCGAGAUCUUCUGAGAGCAGAGACUCAUUUUGCAUGGGAUCCGGAUAUCCACGGACAAGCAUUUGACAAGGUCAAGGACACAUUGUCUCGUGCACCUGUUCUUAAAUUCUUUGAUGCAAAGAAGAAACUGACUUUGCAAUGUGAUGCUUCUUCUACUGGACUAGGCGCAUGCCUUAUGCAAGAUAAUCAUCCUAUCGCAUAUGCUUCACGUUCACUGACAGCCACAGAACAGAACUAUGCACAGAUAGAGAUGAGACUUUAG